AUGCCAUCGAAUAUUACGGGUCAAUUUCCUCUGCUCCACCCCCACCUUAAUUGCCAUACACCUGCACCAAUCACAUUCUCCCGUCACUAUACAACCUAUACCCUACCGCCACGUGUCCCCGCACACUUAAAUAUCCCAACAUCCCCCUUUCACCAUAUAAUAAUUUCCCCUUAUCUUCCUUCAUAUAUACGGAUCUCGCACUAGAGAUACGUUUGCAGUCUCUCCAUCAGAUCUCAUCGUGUUUUUGCAGUUUUCGCAUCUGAAUUUGAGGUCCUAACAGAAAUUCACACACAGCAACUGCCAACUACCUGGGAAUGCGGAAUGAUGGGUUCAAACGUUGGUAAUUUCUUCACUAAAACAUGCACAUUUGCAAUUCCAUACGAGCUACUUGUGCUCCUCGAUGAAGUCGGGUUCAAUCAUCAAAACACAUUCAAUAAUCAUGCUCAAAUGCACAAUGUUUCCGCAAUUUCCGGUACUCCUGUCGUGUUAAAGCACGAGCUUGUUGAAGACGGUUAGUUCUUCCGUUUAAAAACAUCCUGCUUGUGGGUAUAUAAACUAGUCAAUACUAGCAGGAAAUAAGAUAGGGUUGUAGUACGUAACUAAAAUUUUAUAAUAAAAAAAUAAUAAAAAAUGGAAAAUAUGGGAAAUGUGUUGAUGCAAAAGUACGAAGUUGGGAAAAUGCUUGGUCAAGGUAAUUUUGCUAAAGUUUAUCACGGACGGGACGUGAAAUCAAACGAAAGUAUCGCGAUCAAAGUGAUUGAUAAAGAAAAGGUGUUGAAAGUCGGGCUAAUCGAUCAAACGAAACGAGAGAUAUCGCUUAUGGGAAUGGUUAAACACCCGAAUAUAAUCCAGCUUUACGAAGUUAUGGCCACGAAAACCAAAAUUUAUUUCGCAAUGGAGUACGCAAAAGGCGGUGAGCUUUUCGACAAGGUGGCUAAAGGAAGGCUAAAAGAAGACGUUGCUAGAAAGUACUUUCAACAGUUAAUAUGUGCGGUUGACUUUUGUCAUAAUCGCGGUGUUUAUCAUCGCGAUUUAAAGCCGGAAAACUUGCUGCUAGACGAGUAUGAGAAUUUAAAAGUGACGGAUUUUGGGUUAAGUGCUCACGCGGAGUGCACUCGCUUAGAUGGGUUACUUCACACGACGUGUGGGACCCCUGCCUACGUGGCGCCGGAAGUAAUUGGUAGACGAGGUUAUGAUGGUGCUAAAGCGGACAUUUGGUCUUGUGGGGUGAUUUUAUUCGUUCUUUUGACCGGUAAACUUCCGUUUAACGACUCGAACAUUAUGCAGAUGUAUAAAAAGAUAAGCAAGGCUGAGUACAAGUGCCCGCAUUCAUUUCCACCCGAAGUUCGUCGGCUGCUCAAAAGAAUUCUCGAUCCAAACCCUAAUACUCGUAUUUCCAUGAAAAAGAUAAUGGAAAAUUCGUGGUUUAAGAAAGGAUUAAACUUAAACUCUAAGCAGAUGAAAGAUUCUGUUAAUCCUGAUUUCCAACCGCUUUUUGAGCCCAAAAAACCCGAUUUCAGUCAUGCCAGUAAGGUUUCUAGUUUUAAUGCUUUUGAUAUCAUCUCUCUAUCAACUGGAUUCGAUUUAUCUGGUUUGUUCGUUGAAAAUGAUCGAAAGGAAGAAGUCAAAUUCACUUCCGCAAAACCUGCUUCUGAUAUCAUAUCGAAAAUGGAACAAAUUGCUACAAGUUUGAAGAUGGAAGUAUGCACGAAAAAGGAUGGCCAGCUGAACUUAAAGAAACCGAGUGGAAGUCAAAACGGGCCAUUGUUAAUUGAUGUUGAAAUCUUUGAAAUUACAUCAUCCUUUCAUUUGGUAGAGUUGAAGAAAUCAUCUGGUGAUGCGUUUGAAUAUCGGAAGUUGUUUAAACAAGACGUCAAACCAGCUCUCCAAGAACUUGUGUGGGCAUGGCAUGGUGAGUAACCAACCGUAGAAUAAACCGUUGAUUUUAUCUUCCAGCAUUUCCAGAUUUCUUGUUGCAUUUGUAUCUUUUAUCAUUUUUAUCUCAGGAUAAUCCCUAAUUUGUGCCAUGAACAUCUUUUUAUGAAGAUUAUUAUUGUUUUAGAUGUCU